UUAUGACGCUAUCAUUUAAAGCUCUGUUUUAGUUUAAAUUAUAUAUGAUGUUUAAUAUUAAUGAUAUUAUGAACAUGUACCACUCAAAUCCGUCUACGUGGAACGCCUUUUUUAAAGAGACAGAUACGUAUUUGUAGAGCAAAUAGUAUGCUCCUGUUUUACAGGAAGUAGCAGCCGAAGUUUUCCAAAGGGAGAUUUUAAACAACGCUGCUGACAUGAGUGGCCCCGAAACCCAUUUUGAUCCAAAAGGUGUCUUCGAUGGUUUGGACACAUCCAGAGGAGUAAUAAGCACCAGCACCUGAGGUAUAACCCUCUAAGAGACACUUGGGUCCUGGUCUCAGCCCACCGUAUGAACAGACCCUGGGCCGGUCAAGUGGAAAAAACUCCAGAGGAACGUAUACCAAGAUAUGAUCCUUACAAUCCACUGUGUCCUGGAAACACACGAGCUAAUGGAGAGACAAAUCCAGAAUACAAGAGCACUUUUAUUUUUGAAAAUGACUUCCCUGCCAUGCAGUCAGAUGCUCCAGAUCCUGUGUCAGGUCAUCCAUUGUUCCAAUCUAAAGCUGCCAGAGGGGUGUGUAAGGUCAUGUGUUUCCAUCCCUGGUCUGACAUCAGCCUCCCUCUGAUGAAAAAAGGAGAAGUUGUCAGUGUGAUUGACAAAUGGGCGGAACUCAUGGAAGAACUGGGUGCCACCUACCCAUGGGUUCAGAUCUUUGAAAAUAAAGGAGCUAUGAUGGGUUGUUCCAAUCCGCAUCCGCAUUGUCAGGUGUGGGCCAGCAGCUUCCUCCCAAAUGAGCCAGCUCUGUCUGAUCGCUGUCAGAGAGCGUUCUAUGAAAAACACAAAGAGCCGCUGCUGCUGCAAUAUGCCAAGCAAGAAGUUGAGAGAAAGGAACGGGUGGUGGUGAUGAACCCUCAUUGGUUGGCAGUGGUUCCUUACUGGGCGACGUGGCCCUACCAGUUGCUGCUGUUACCACGACGACAUGUCCUCAGAAUCAAUGAGUUGACCACAGAGGAGAGGGAGAGUCUGGCUGACAUUAUGAAACAACUGCUAACCAAAUAUGACAAUCUAUUUAAUGUGUCCUUUCCCUACUCCAUGGGUUGGCAUGGAGCCCCUACUGGUCCCUACUUAAAGGAUGACAACUCCCAUUGGCAGCUGCACGCUCACUACUACCCCCCUCUGCUGCGCUCAGCCACAGUUAAGAAGUUCAUGGUCGGCUAUGAAAUACUUGCUCAGGAGCAGAGAGACCUCACUCCUGAACAGGCGGCAGAGAGGUUACGGAAUCUACCAGAUGAGCACUAUAAAAGCAGACAUGGAGAAGAAAAAUGUCAAUGCAAUGUAUUGAUCAAAUAAGUGGAGAAGAUGGAAAUAUUAUUUUUGUACUCAAAACAAAAGUCAAAUCAAGACAAUAAUACAAAAAAUCUAAAUAUCCAACACAAACACAUUAUGCCCGAGCCUCUCGUGACUUAUGUCUCUCACACAGCUUGAAGGUGUAUUAAUUUUGUCCCCAAAAAAGCUCCUAGCAGGACUUUUGACGUAAUUAUGAAAUUAAUUUAAAUUGGAUGUGACAUUGGGGGUUAGGCUAUUUGUGAAGCGGCAUAAUUAAAACAAAAAAUAAAACUAGACUAUGUCCGGAAUAGCUGGACAGGUUAUGCUGAAAAUUAUCCAUCCAUUAUCUGAGUACCCGGAGAAAACUCACGCAGGCACGGGGAGAACAUGCAAACUCCACACAGGCGGGGCUGGGGAUUGAACCCCGGUCCUUAGAACUGUGAGGCAGACGCUUAGUUUGUCAUAAUUUAUUUUAUUGAGAAUUUAUGCAAAGCUUGUAGUUUGUUUUACAGAUAUUGAUUUUAUGAGGGUCACACAAAAAAUUAAUUCAGGCUCAUGAAAAAACUAGAGAAUCUCAUGAAUGGUGGGGGACAACAUCCAUUCUCUCUCUGUCUCAGUUAAGCUUAAUCGGAAACUCAAGCUAUCUUGUCGUCUUGUAAGAACUAAAUCCCCUUUUUUUUGUGCUAUAAUGGAGCGUCUUUUUGGUAUCCCGGAAAACAUGGGAAGACAUUGCAGAACUACAGCAAAUAGCAACAUGUAAUUACAUUAACGUAAUUAGUAUAACUCAACUUUUUGGUGUGGUUAGCCCGUCAGCCUUUCUGUCAAAAGUCUCUGGGUAACAAAGUUCUACCCGUGCUUGGGUGUGUUUUCUCUUGAGUACACUGCCUGCCUCCCAUAUUCCAAAAUCAUGCACAUAACCAGGUUUUUUGAAGGCUCUUAAACCCUGCGGAUAAUUUUCAGUAUAAAUUGUCCGUAUAGGUGUGAUUGUGAAUGAUUGGUUGUCCAAAGUGUAACCUGCCUCUCACCCAAUGACAGCUGGGAUAGGCUUCAGUUUUUACCGGUGACCUGAACAGAAAAUGGAUGUGUCCAGUUUUUACUGUUCGAUCAGUAUACUGGUAUUAUCAAUUGUGUCAAUGUAUCAACUUUUAUCUAGGUAUAUGACAUGAUUCUGUGAUUGAUGUACAGAUCAAGUUUAAAAUGGCAACGUUUAACAAGUCUCACUCGCACACUCAUCGUAGCAACAACAGAGGGCACUGUUGCUCAAAAAGUAAGGCUCUGGAGGACCAAGAGUUUAGACCGGUGGUUAAACUUCAGUGCUCAAGGGCCAAAUCCAAUUUUUAAAACAGGGUCCAGGUCAUUAUUGGAUGAGUUAAAAAAGAAUAGUUAAAUAUGUAACAUCCAUCCAUUUUCUUUACUGCUACAUGUACAUUUUAACUAACCCAUUUUAGUGAGAGAAAAAACUAAUGCUACAAAUAUUUCAGGUCUUUUGAUAAUGUAAAUUCUUAGUGGGCUGGAUUAACGAACAUGGGCCGUAUUUGGCCCGCUGGCCACAAUUUGCCCACCCCUGAGUUCAGACAUAAAUUUAAAAACACUUACACAAAAAUGUAAAUUCUUAGUGGGCUGGAUUAACGAACAUGGGCCGUAUGUGGCCCGCUGGCCAUAAUUUGUCUGUUGUUUCACUUUAAAUAAAAUGUUUGCUAAAAGAUUUGUGCAGAGGCACAUACUGCAUCAAAACGAAUCGAAAUCGAUUAAUCGUUGCUGAUCUUGAUAUUCCUUUAGCACAGUUACAGCUGUCCCCAACCUUUUUGUACCACAGACUGGUUUCGUGUAAAGUAUUCCAAAGGCCCGGCAUAUAUACAAAUAAAUGAUUAAAAAUACAACUCACCAUUGCACGUUUUUUUCUUUAACGAGCCCGCCAAUCUCAUCUCGCAUUUCAUAGCAUAGUGUGUUGUAAAAUGAGACAUAAUCGCCAGGCUCCAAAAAAAUAAGCGUUUUUCUUUGAAUGUUUCUGUUUCACUCUUGCUUUUAUUGUAUUUUAGGAUGUAGUAGUAGACAUGAGGAAUGGCAGACAUUGGCAUGAUUGGCUGCACAUAAGAGGGCGUGGCUGAAGAGACUGUCCAUCCAUCCAUCCAUCCAUCCAUCCAUCCAUUUUCUAUACCGCUUAUCCUCACUAGGGUCACGGGCUGCUGGAGUCUAUCCCAGCUAUCUUCGGGCGAGAGGCGGGUCGCCAGCCAAUCGCAAGGCACAUUCAAUCAACCUACCACGCAUGUUUUUGGGAUGUGAGAGGAAACCUGAGUACCCGGAGAAAACCCACUGAGGCACGGGGAGAACAUCCAAACGCCACACAGGCGAGGCUGGCAUUUGAACCCCAGUCCUCAGAACUGUGAGGCAGAUGUGCUAACCAGUCGAUCACCGUGUCCUGAAGCGACUCGGUGACUCUAAUUACAGAUACACAAAUGCGCAACAACAUGAGCACACAGAAGAAUAAGAUAAACCAAGCACAAAGAAUGAGUUUGACCCAAAAUCUAAUGGGUUUGGAGAUUAAUAAUGGGGCCCUGGUAGGAAGAAAAAUCAUACAGUAUCUGUUAAUGGAGGAAACAGUAAUUUGACUCCAUGAUGGUCAGAUGAGAGACUUCAUUUAUUUCUUCAAAUAGAGAUGUUUCUCUUCUGUCAUAAUCAUCUCAUCAGGCUAAAGACUUUCUCUGAAUUAACAUCAUGCAUUGUAAUGAAUGUAAAAUAACAUUUCAAAAGUAACAUGUAUCUCAUGGGUGGCAAUAAUAAAACACAUUCAGUCAAUAUCAUAAUAUUGUAAAAUAUCAAAUGACCCAUAAAACUAUUAAAACAUCCAUCCAUCCAUUUUCAACACCGCUUACCCUGGUUAGGGUCACGGGACGCUGGAGGCUAUCCCAGCUGACUUCGGGCGAAAGGCGGACUACACCCUGAACUGGUCGCCAGUCAGUCGCAGGGCACAUAUAGACACGGACAACCAUUCACACUCACAUUCACACCAUCACUGAGCGAGAACUGAACCCAUGCUGCCUGCACCAAAGUCAGGUGAGUGUACCACUACACCAUCAGUGACUACUAUUAAAACAAUGUUUUCAUAAUUUGUAAUUUUACCAGUGAACAGUCAGACUACUGAGAUACUGUAUGUAUAAAAUAUGCCUCUUUUUGUGUUGGACGUAAUGCUUUUGUUGGGGAAUUUGUAUUUUUGCCAUCAGCCCAUCUGUUCAGGAUGAAACAAAAACAACUAGACCGAUUUUUGCUACAUCUGGUUCAUACAUGUACCAUUACUUUUUGAAGUACCGUAUUUUCACGACCAUAAGGCACACGUAUUAAAAGGUGCAGGCUCAGUUACGGGGUCUAUUUCUGGAUUUAACACGUACAUAAGGCGCACAGUAUUAUUGGGCGCAGGCAUGGUAAAACACGCUAGUUUAAAACAUACGGUUUUGCAUGCACGCUAAAACAAUGUUUUUAAAAAGGCAGCGGGAGCAAAACUGAAUUCGGUUGUACUUUAUUGAAGUAUUUAACAAUGUACUUAUGUUAUUUUUUGAUCAAUCCUCAUCCACAAAUCCAUCAAAGUCCUCAUCUUCUGUAUCCGAAAUGAACAGCUGGGCAAGUUCUCCAUCAAACAUGCCGGGUUCCCUCUCGUACUCGUCAGAGUCAGUCUCGUUGCCGUGCGGCUCCUCAGAAAUGAUGCCGGCUUUUACGUAAGCUCGAACAAAAGUGCAAGCAGACACGUUAGCCCAAGCAUCCACAAUCCAUUCACAAAUUGUGGCGUAACUUGCCCGGCGCUGCAUCCUAUUCUUAGUAAAGCUGUGUUCGCCAUCUGUCAUCCAUGGCUCCCACGCCGCUCGCAACUUCACUUUGAAGGCCCUGUUUACACCGAUGUCCAGUGGUUGGAGUUCCUUCAUCAAGCCUCCCGGAAUGAUGUCAAGCUCCGAGUUAUUGCACUCAGUCGAAUGGUGACUGUAGAGACGCUUCUCCCGGCUGUUCUUUGCUCAUUAAUCCAUUGUUCAAGUUGGUCUACCAACUCGGGCCACCUCGCCUUGUUUCCGCGUUUUCCUGCUUCCUCCACUUGCAAACCAUGGAUUUGUUUAUCUUGAAUUCUCUCAUGGCUGCUCGAUUCCCAUGUUCCUCCGCGUAACUAAUGGCUUGCAGUUUAAACUGCUUCGUAAGCGUGUCUCUUCGUAGGUGCCAUUUUCGGGGGUCCUUAGCCAAACCGAUGCACAUACCGGAACUAUAUACCUACUGAGGGCGUGUCUUUAGCAUCCUCUGUCACGCGCACCCUUCCCCCUUUCCGUCCGCAUGCUGUCCUCAGUCACGUCAGCCUUCCUCUAUAUAAGCAGCAUGUCAGCAGGAAAUGCUCCCAGGCAGUCAAUCGGAGCGCUCAUUAAAGUCACACAACCACAUUUAGAGAUUUUGGAACUCAGUGCACACAUAAGGCGCGCCGCAUAAUAAGGCGCCCUGUCCAUUUUGGAGCAAAUAUAAGACUUUUAAGUGCACCUUAUGGUCGUGAAAAUACUGUAGAUAAAAUGUAUAUUACAAGAUGUAUAUUCAGUUGUGUUCACGGACCUGAUGCAUCCGUGCGAUUUUUGCCAUAUCCGGUUCAUGCAUGGACCAUUACUUUUUGAAGUAGAUAAAAUGUAUAUUACAAGAACAAUAUUCAGUUGUGUUCACAGACUUGAUGCAUCUGUGCAAUACACAAUAUGAGCCCACUUUUUCCAUUAUCAUAUUUUCACAAUUUUUAUUUUGAAUUAAUCUUGAUUAAUUAUGAUACGGUCGGGCAAGUAUUACAUUUUUGCCUUGCUACAUAAAAUAAAAUGCAAGAAAGUAACUUG